UGUGAAGAUCUACGUUCCAGCUUAUAUUUUGUCAAUGCAUCUGUGCAAGAGGUAGUGUUCGCCAGCACCACAGGGACGUCGGUGCCCUGUCCCGCAGCAGGUGUGCCACCAGUCUCACUGCGCUGGUACCUGGCCACUGGUGAGGAGAUCUACGAUGUGCCAGGGAUCCGCCAUGUGCACUCCAAUGGCACCCUUCAGAUCUUCCACAUCCCCCCAUCCAGUUUCAGUAAACUCAUUCACGACAACACCUACUAUUGCACAGCGGAGAACCCCUCAGGGAGAAUCAGGAGCCAAGAUGUCCACAUUAAGGCUGUCCUACGGGAACCGUACACUGUUCGGGUGGAGGACCAGAAAGCCAUGAGAGGCAAUGUGGCCGUCUUCAAGUGCAUUAUCCCCGCCUCAGUGGAGGCCUACAUCUCUGUUGUGUCAUGGGAAAAAGACACAAUGUCAAUUAACGCUGAAAUGUCACGGUUUCUCAUCACAUCAACGGGUGCCCUGUAUAUCCUGGAUGUCCAGAUGGAAGAUGGGCUUUACAACUACAGGUGUAUGACACGCCAUCGAUACACAGGAGAGACCCGACAGAGCAAUAGUGCCCGACUAAUUGUUUCAGAUCCUACCAAUUCAGCACCACAUAUCCUGGACAGCUUUGAACGCCGUGAGGUGAUGGCGUCUCAUCGAGUGGAGCUGCCAUGCAAGGCCUCUGGUCACCCGGCACCCAAGUACCGCUGGCUGAAGGACAACCGCCCCCUAGAGCCCGACACACGAUACCGACAAAGUGUGACAGGGAUGCUCAUAGAGAGAGCCCAACCCAGCGACACAGGAACAUAUGUCUGUGAAGUGUGGAACGGUUAUGGCAGUGCUGAGGUGGUUGGGAGGCUUCUGGUGAAAGAGACCCUGAAAGUUGUAGUAAGCCCACGGAAGGUGAAGGGUAGUGUCGGCAGCCAGGUUUCACUCUCCUGUGGUGUAACUGGCUCUGAUGAGUACCAAUUGUCCUGGUACCGCAACGGUGAGCUCAUUUACCCAAGUAACAGUGUCCGGAUGACUGGCCAAAACAGGGAAAACCUAGUCAUGGCCGGGAUGGCCAAAAGCGAUGGAGGUGCCUACCAGUGCUUUGCCAGACAUGGCAAAAUGUCUGCCCAAGACUUUGUCCAGGUUAUAUUGGAAGAUGGUACACCAAAGAUUCUGGCUUCAUUUAGCGAGAAGGUCUACAACAUCAACGAGUUUGUGUCAUUAUCUUGCACUGUGAAGGGCACACCAGAGCCCAGGGUCACUUGGACGCUAGAUGACGAGCCAGUAAUACGGAACAGCCGCCACCGCAUCUCCUACUACACCAACACUGACGGCCAUGUGGUCAGCCACCUCAACAUUAGCCAAACCCAGGUCCCAGAUGGAGGGGUGUAUCGCUGCAUCUGCAAUAACUCGGCAGGGGCUGUUUCCUACCAGGCGCGAAUAAACGUAAGAGGGCCUGCCAGCAUCAGACCAAUGAAAAACCUCACUGCUAUCGCUGGGCGGGAUAUGUACAUUCACUGCCGAGUCAUCGGCUACCCUUACUAUUCCAUAAAAUGGUACAAGGACUCAAAUUUGCUACCGUACAACCACCGCCAGCGAGCCUUCGAGAAUAAUGGCACCUUGAAGCUAUUUGACGUGCAGAAGGAUGUGGAUGAAGGCGAAUACACGUGCAAUGUGCUCGUGCAGCCUCAGCUCUCCACACACCAGAGUGUCUAUGUGACUGUGAAAGUUCCACCCACCAUCCACCCGUUUGAGUUCCCUCGGUUUUCUAUCGGACAACGAGUCUUCAUCCCCUGUGUGGUUAUGUCCGGUGACCAACCAGUUUUCAUCACCUGGCAGAAGGAUGGGCGGCCAAUUCCGGCAAGCCUUGGCGUAACGAUUGACAACAUAGAUUUCACCAGCUCUCUUCGCAUCUCCAAUCUCACUCUGAUGCACAACGGCAACUACACAUGCAUCGCACGCAACCAGGCUGCGGCCGUGGAGCAUCAGAGUCAGCUCAUUGUCCGAGUUCCUCCUAAAUUUGUGGUUCAACCGAAAGACCAGGAUGGCAUCUAUGGUAAAGCUGUAAUUCUCAACUGCUCGGCUGAAGGCUAUCCCGUUCCCACCAUCCAAUGGGAGUACUCCAAAGGUGCCGGGGUUCCUCAAUUCAAACCCAUUGCUCUCAACUCUGGCUUCCGCAUUGAGGUGCUGGUCAAUGGUUCUUUGCUCAUCAAGCAUGUGCUGGAAGAAGACAGUGGAUUCUACCUUUGUCGGGUCAGCAAUGAUGUUGGGGCUGACGUCAGCAAGUCCAUGUAUCUCAAUGUCAAAAUUCCUGCCAUGAUUACUUCUUACCCCAACACGACACUGGCCACACAAGGUGAAGAGAAGAAAAUGAGCUGCACUGCUCAUGGUGAGAAGCCCAUCAUGGUACGCUGGGACAAAGAGGAACGUAUCAUCAACCCUGAGACCAGUCGCUAUGUGGUUACUGUCAAGGAGGUCGGAGAUGAAGUCAUCUCAACAUUGCAGAUUAUGCCUACAGUAAGGGAAGACUCAGGCUUUUUCUCCUGCCAUGCCAUUAACUCCUUUGGUGAAGACCGAGGCAUCAUACAGCUCACAGUACAAGAGCCUCCUGAUCCGCCCGAGGUGGAAAUCAGAGAAGUGAAGGACAGAACUAUUGCCCUGCGUUGGACUAUGGGUUUUGAUGGCAACAGCCCAAUCACAGGCUUUGAUAUUGAGAGCAAAAACAAAUCAGCCUCCUGGGAUACAGCUCAGAAGACCAAAGAUGUCUCACCUCAGCUCAACCAGGCCACAAUCAUUGACCUGCACCCUUCCUCCACCUACAAUAUCCGCAUGUUUGCCAAGAACCUCAUUGGAAAGAGCGAGGCCAGUAAUGAACUCACUAUUACCACCGAUGAAGCAGCCCCUGAUGGACCACCUCAAGAUGUGCAGCUGGAAGCCCUCUCCUCUCAGAGCAUCAAAGUUUCCUGGAGGGCACCUAAAAAACACCUCCAGAAUGGUGCAAUCAAAGGCUAUCAAGUGGGUUACAGAGAGUACAGCUCAGGAGGAAACUAUCAAUUCAGCGUGAUCAGUGUCGAGACAACGGGGGACAAUGCUGAAAACUUGAUACUGGACAAUCUCAAGAAGUUCACCCAAUAUGGUGUUGUGGUGCAAGCCAGUAACAGUGCAGGCACCGGGCCAUCAUCCACAGAAGUUGCUGCUACCACACUGGAGGAUGUGCCGAGUCGUCCUCCAGAGCACGUCCAAGCCAUAGCUACAUUUCCAGAAGUCAUCUCCCUAUCUUGGCUGACACCUCCUAAAGAUGCUCUUAAUGGCAACCUUCUAGGCUUCAGGGUUAUCUACUGGGCUAAUCUGCCCGAUGGAGAACUUGGAGAGAUCAGGAAUGUAACAACCAGCAACAACCAGCCGUCACUGGAGCUGGACGGUCUAGAGAAGUACACCAACUACAGCAUCCAGGUGUUAGCCUUCACCAGAGCAGGGGAUGGUGUUCGCAGUGAACAGAUUUACAUUCGCACCAAGGAGGACGUGCCUGGUCCUCCUGGCGGUGUAAAAGCAGCAGCUGCAUCCAACUCAGUAGUGUUUGUGUCAUGGCUUCCUCCUCUCAAAGUGAAUGGAAUAAUAAGGAAAUACACAGUUUUCUGCUCCAAUCCACACCCCACGGUCAGCAGUGAGUUCGAGGCAGCCCCAGAUGUGUUCUUCUACCGCAUCCCCAAUCUGAGUAGGAACAGGCAAUACAGCAUCUGGGUGGUGGCCGUCACUGCUGCUGGCCGUGGAAAUGCCAGUGAGAUCAUCACUGUUAAACCCAUGGCUGAAGCUCCUGCUCGCAUUUUGACCUUCAACAGAACUGUCACGACACCCUGGAUGAAAGAUAUUGUGUUGCCUUGUAAGGCAGUGGGGGAUCCUUCUCCAACAAUCAAAUGGUUGAAGGAGAUCAAUGGAACCCCUGCACCUGUUGUGACUGACAGCCGGCGCAGUGUACAUGGGAACGGUAGCCUUGUUAUUCGAACAGUAAAGGCGGAGGAUUCUGGGAACUAUACCUGUGUGGCUAGUAAUAGCUUUGGCUCUGAUAAAAUCAUCCUCAACCUGCAAGUUCAAGUCCCACCUGACCAGCCUCGACUCACAGUGACCAAGACCACCACAACUUCCAUCACACUAUCCUGGAUACCUGGGGACAAUGGUGGCAGCUCUAUAAGAGGCUACAUUUUGCAAUAUUCAGAGGACAACAGUGAACAGUGGGGCAAUUUUGCCAUCAGUCCAAGUGAGCGCUCCUAUCGGUUAGAGAACCUCAAGUGUGGCACCUGGUACAAGUUCACUCUAACGGCCCAGAAUGCCGUUGGACCUGGACGCAUAAGUGAGAUCAUUGAAGCAAAGACCCAUGGGAAAGAACCUCAGUAUUCCAAAGAACAGGAGCUCUUUACCAGCAUCAACGCUACUCGAGUGAAACUCAAUCUGAAUGGCUGGAACAAUGGCGGAUGCCCGAUCACCUCCUUCACGCUGGAGUAUCGGCCCAUGGACUCGCCUUCGUGGACCACAGCACAGCGCACCUCCCUCACCAAGAGUUACAUACUCUACGACUUGCAGGAGGCAACCUGGUACGAGCUGCAGAUGAAAAUCUACAACAGCGCGGGCUACGCUGAGAAGAGGGUCAAGUUCGCGACACUCAGCUAUGAUGGCAGCACAAUUGCUCCCCUGGUAAAGGCACCCAAUGUAAGUGAGGACACCUCUGGAGGUGGCGAAGGUUUAAAAAUGAUGGUGACUAUAUCCUGCGUGCUGGUGGGAAUUUUUGUGAUCUUCAUCGGCUUGCUGGUACUGAGGAGGAGAAGGCGUGAGCAGAGACUGAAGAGACUGCGAGAUGCAAAAAGUUUGGCUGAGAUGCUAAUGAGUAAAAACACGCGUCCAGCAGAGCCAGUCAAUAAACAGCAGCAAACACUUCGAAUGCAUAUCGACAUCCCCAGAGCUCAGCUUCUCAUUGAGGAGAGAGACACCAUGGAGACUGUUGAUGACAGGUCCACUGUGUUACUGACUGACAACGACUUUGGAGAAACACAGAAACAGAAGUCAUCUACAGUCACCCACACAGUUCAUUACCAGUCACUCUCUCAGGCGACUGGUCCUCUGGUGGAUGUAUCAGAUGCCAGACCAGGAACCAGUAAGUCCAACCCGACUGCCCGUCGCACAGCCAAAGCUGGCCCCGCAGCUCGCAACCGCUAUGCCAGCCAAUGGACCUUGAACCGCCCACAUCCUCCAGUCUCCUCCCACACGCUAAGCACGGACUGGAGGCUCCCAACGCCAAGAGUUGCGGGUUCUGUUGACAAGGAGAGUGAUAGCUACAGCGUCAGCCCAUCUCAGGAUACCGACCGUGCUCGCAGCAGUAUGGUGUCAACGGAAAGUGCUUCCUCCACUUACGAGGAGCUCGCCAGGGCCUACGAGCACGCGAAAAUGGAGGAGCAGCUGCGCCACGCCAAGUUCACCAUCACCGAAUGCUUCAUCUCCGACACGUCCUCAGAGCAAAUGACCGCCGGCACCAAUGACUACACUGACAGCCUGACCUCCAGCACGCCGUCCGAAUCGGGCAUCUGCCGUUUCACCGCUUCCCCGCCCAAGCCUCAGGAUGUUAGCCGGGUAAUGAACAUGGCCGUGCCCAAGGCCCAUAGACCGGGAGGCGAGUUGGUUCACCUUCCUCCUUACCUGCGCAUGGACUUCCUGUUAAACAGAGGCAUGUCCUGCUCAGGGUCAUCCAGGGGGACAGCGAGCGGGGAGAGAGCGGCCAUGGGCCAAGCUUGUCUGGAGCCCCAGAAAAGCCGUUCACUGAAGCGGCCUUCUCGCAUGGCGCCUCCGACGCCGACAGAAGCCCCUCAAGCGAGCAGGGACCCGCCGGCCCAGUGGCAGCCCGGCUCGGCUGCCACGCUCCCCCACAGAGAGGGUUCUGAGUUGGCCCAAGCCGCCAAGCUCAGCACCUCCCAGGAGUCCCUGCUGGACUCACGAGGACAUCUCAAACAGAGCAGCAAUCCCUACGCAAAAUCCUACACGCUGGUAUAA